AUGGAGCCUGACCUUUCCCCCCAGGUCCACAAGCUUUGCCAAUCCGCCGCAGGAAAAAUUCUCAACGAUUUUCAGCCCAACCUUAUGAUUGCCAUUGGUGGUGGUGGUUACGUUCCUGCAAGAAUCUUACGAUCCUUCCUCAAACGAGCAUCUUCGCCCAAUAUCCCGAUCCAAGCUAUCGGUCUCUCUUUGUAUGAAUCUCUUCCACCUUCUGAGCCAUCCGCUCCUACGACACCCAUCGAGAUCCCAGGGACCAAGGUGACGCGCACACAAUGGCUUGAUUUGAGCAGUCUGAGCAUGGCCAACCUUGUAGGGAAGAAUAUCUUGAUCGUAGAUGAGGUCGACGAUACAAGGACAACGCUCGAAUAUGCUGUCAAAGAGCUUGAAAAGGACGUCGAGGUUGCUAGGCAGAAAUUGGGAACAGGGGAAAGGACGAGAUUCUGUAUCUUCGUUGUGCAUAACAAAGACAAGCCAAAGAAGGGCCGUCUGCCGCAAGACAUGAUUGACGAGGGGAGAUAUCUAGCGGCGCAGACAGUCGGGGAUGUGUGGGUUUGCUACCCAUGGGAGGCUACAUUUUCACUCACCAAAAGGAAGGCGAAAGAGGAUAUCGCAACUCCAAAGAAACGAAUCAUGGCGGUCGCAAAGCCAGUACGAGCGCUCGCAAUCAUCUCGGUCGCCCUUUUUAUAUUUCUCAUCUACCAGGUUUUCAAGACGCCGCCAAACGUAUCUGGAGCUGGUGAUUUAGAGAGAGAGAUCCCUAAUGAGCCAAUGAAUGAAGAAACACCCGAGCCUCCUGAACCUCUUUGGCGCGCCGACGACUAUGCCGCAGAUAAUCCCAACGCACCACGUAUUAAUGCGACAUUACUCGCUUUGGUUCGGAAUGAGGAGCUAGAUGAUAUGAUCAGAUCCAUGCGAGAUCUUGAGCGUACAUGGAAUCGUAAAUUCAAUUAUCCCUGGACGUUCUUCAACGACGUCGAGUUUGACGAUGAAUUCAAACGGCUUAUCAGAUUGGAGACAAAAGCCAAAGUCAACUUCGAAGUUAUACCUAAGGAACACUGGGCGGUACCCUCCUGGAUAAACAGUGAAUUGUUCGACGAAUCUGCACGGAUACUGGAAGAGCAGGACAUUCAGUAUGGGCCUAUGGUAUCAUACCACCAAAUGUGUCGCUGGAACUCAGGCAUGUUUUAUAAACACCCAGCCUUGAAAGACGUACGGUAUUACUGGCGUGUGGAGCCAAAAGUCCACUUCUUCUGCGAUGUCGACUACGACGUCUUUCGCUACAUGCAAGAUCAUAAUAAAACCUAUGGCUUUACUAUCAAUCUGUAUGAUGCUCCCCAAAGUAUACCAACGUUGUGGCCCGAAACAAAAAGAUUCCUUGCAGCUCACCCCAAUUAUGUGCACCCCAAUAAUGCUGAGGAAUGGGUGGUUGAUAAUAAGAGGCGGCCUACUCACAACGCCAAAGCUAAUGGCUAUUCCACGUGCCAUUUCUGGAGCAAUUUUGAGAUUGGUGACAUGGAUUUUUGGCGCAGUAAGGCCUAUGAAGAUUACUUCGAGCAUCUGGAUAGAGCCGGAGGAUUCUUUUACGAGCGUUGGGGUGAUGCUCCCGUUCAUAGCAUUGCGCUGGGUUUGUUUGAAGACAAGAGCAAGAUUCAUUGGUUUCGUGACAUAGGCUAUCAGCAUAUUCCGUACUUCAACUGCCCAAAUUCCCCGAAAUGUAGUGGAUGCAAGACAGGACGAUUCACAGAUGGCGAGCGCUUCCUGUAUAAGGAAGAUUGCAGGCCGAAUUGGUUCAAAUAUGUUGGCAUGGACUGA